UUGAAUCAAAAUUAUUUUGAGUAUCACGUGGCUGUACAUUAGACUGUUUAACUGCAUUAACAAUGUUUGUUAAAGCGCCGUGUUUUAAGUGCGGUUUGUGCGUUGUGUUUUAUCUCGUCAUCUGCUUUGUUUUAAUUAAUAUGAAGAAAAGUUUUAACUUGAAAGAAGAACCAACAGACAAUCUGAUAGCGACCGAACGUCAGCUGCAAACACUUCGGUUCUCGAUUCCAGAUAGGAUAAUUAAGAAGAAUGUCGAGUCGGAGAUCGAUAUGUUGCGGAUAGACGAGUUGAAGGGUGAAACUAUCGAUCUGCAGAAGAGCACGACUCUGCUCAAACAGGUGUCGAACGUCUGCGCAAAAUACAAUCUGACAACUCCUUUUGUCAAAAGGCAUUUUUUAUAUAAUGCUAAACACAGAUCGCUAUACUGUUGGAUCCGUAAGGUUGCAUCCACCAGUUUCACUAAAUUAUUUUCCGACAUGAGCAAUCGUCAAGUCAGCCACAAUUUUUACAAAGAAGUGGACUUUUUAUCGCCGAAGAGUUUGAGAGAUCUUCAAUAUCUUGCUACCAAUAAUACUGUCUUUAAAUUACUUAUCGUCAGGCAUCCGUUUCAACGGCUAGUCUCAUCCUAUAGGGACCGCAUUGAGGACAACAGUAGAUAUACCGCGCAAUCUUGGCUCUAUGCUCGUCAGAUUCUUUAUCUUUCAAGACCGGAACUCUUUCGUCCCAAAGUAAUGGGUGGCAACAUCCUACAAAGGGUAUUUUCGGCAAAUAGAAGAUUAAAAAUGGUACCUAGCUUCCGAGAAUUUUUGGAAUGGUUGCUAAAGCAACCUCCAGAUUACGAUGAUGAUCACUGGGCCCAAUACUAUACUCACUGCGCGGUCUGCGAUACGAGCUACAAUUUCAUCCUGAAACUAGACGAAUAUACUUUUGGGGAGAUCAAUUAUGUUCUGUCGAAAUUGAAAUUGGACAAAAGUAAAAUCUACCUGCCCAGGUUGCAGCGCACUCAUGCUGGGAUCACUAACUUUGAUGUAACAUGCAAAUACUUUCAUAAUCUGACGACUGACAUAAUCCUACGGCUAUACGGAAGGUAUAAAGUGGACUUUGAGAUGUAUAACUAUAAGAUAGAUAAGUAUUUGCCUUGCGCUAAGAGAAAAAAUUAAUUCUGACUUUACAAUUAAUAUUUUACUUAUUGAUAUUUUAACAAUAGAAUAUCCCAAACGCCUUAUCAAUAAAAAAAGGUUCAAAAUUUAUUUUUUAACUUUUGUUGUACAUGAUCCUUUUCUACAGAGGUCAAGAAAUGUAUAUAAAUUUUUGUAGUUUUUUUGCAUUUGAGACAGCUAAAACUGCGACAAGAUAUUGUAACCUAUAUGUGACAAGGAACAGAGUAAAAAAAAAUGUAUGACUUGUAAGAAUUAAUAUAAUUUUAAUAUGUAAAAAAACAAUCUGUUUUUCUCUUUAAUGAUAGUACUUACAAUAUAAUAUUAUGAUUUAUAUUUACUAUACAAAAUUAAAUUAUCAUGUCAAUUCUGGAUGUUCUUAAUAAAAAAAAAAAGCAAA